AUGUUGGAACAAAGUGCCAAUGUCUCACCUUUUACGCCAAGGGAAGACAAAACCUGUUGGAUUUGUUUGAGUUCUGAAGUAGACGGUAACUCAGCCAACUUAUGGAGCAGACCUUGUCGCUGCCGUGGCGCACUGAAAUGGGUUCAUCAAACGUGUCUUCAAAGGUGGAUUAGUGAACAACAACACAGCAGAGGAGAAUCGAAUUCUAUUUCAUGUCAGAUAUGUAAUACACCAUAUAUAAUAGUUUAUCCUGAUUGCGGAUUUUUCUAUGAUUUUCUUCAGUCUGUUGACCAAAUUACUCGCUCUCUAUCAUUUGUUCUUACUGGUGGGAUUAUUUUCGGCUCAUUUUACUGGUCUGCUGUAACGUACGGAGCUGUAACAGUAAUGCAAGUUUAUGGACAUCGUCAAGGUUUACAAGCUAUGCGGCUCACGGAUCCUCCUCUUCUACUGCUAGGUCUCCCGACUAUUCCUUUGUGUCUUGUUUUGGCGAAAGCAGUUCAAUGGGAAAGUAGACUGCUUAUGUUAUGGAGGAACCAUAUAAGUCGUUUACCCUUUAUUCAGCUGUUCAGACGCAAAGAUCUUCCAACCUGGCCUGUUAAUGAUGUUGAUAUAGAACUACGCCCAGAACUCUCUGAUAUACCUCGUUUAUUUUGUAGUGCAUUAGCUCUUCCAACAAUAUCUACCGUUCUGGGACACUUAUUAUUUAAACGAGUGCAGUCUGCUACACACAGAGUUCUCCUGGGUGGUUUGACGUAUCUUGGAGUGAAAGGGCUACUGACUAUAUAUUAUCAAGAGUUGCAAUAUAUCCGUAUAUGCUAUAGACAAGUAAAAGAUUAUGAUGAAUAA